CAAUACUGGACCGUCGCUCAUUCACUCGUCACCGUUGGUGCAAGUACCAAUACGCGAUCUACACUACCCUCCUACAAAGCCUCUGCACGUUGUUGCCAAUAAACUACGCAACUAGAAAAUCCCCACUUUUUUACCCACGGCAAUAAUCAUUCGCACCAGAGAAAAAAUAGUAAUAAUCAUUCACUCUCAAGCAAAGACAAAAAUCAAGAUCCCAAUUAGAUUAAACACUCCAAAUUAAUAUAGAAUCAUACUUUCUUCAAUACCCAGAAAAUCUAUUAAAGACACAACACUAUAAUGUUAGAAACUGCCCCAUCUUUAUCAAUUUAUAACACAAUUGAUGGUGGGGUUGAUGAACAUGAGGUUAAAAAUAGGGAAUUUCUGGGAAAAUCACUGAAAAAUGGGGAAAAGGUUGAUGGGGAUUUACCGGGUAGUGGUGAAUUUAGUUUUGUGAAACCAAAUAUGGAUUUGAUCAAGGAAGAAGGUGAUGAAUUUGGUGAAUCUGUUGAUGGGUUUGAGAAGAAAUUGGUUGGGGAAGAAGUUGAACCACCACCUAGUCCACCUAUGUAUCUUGCUUCUGGGCUUGGACUUGGGAUUACAGAUGGAUUUGAUAGUUUUAGGGAGGAUAGAGAAAAUGAUGAGGAGUAUUAUCGAGAGUUGCUUGAUGACUUUCCUAAUCAUCCCUUGGUUUUGAUCAAGUUUGCCCAGUUUUUUCAGAGAAAAGGAGACCUUGAAGGAGCAGAAGAGUAUUAUUUCCGUGCCACAAAAGCUGACCCUGGUGAUGGAGAAAUUUUGUCACAGUAUGCUCUACUGGUUUGGGAACUCCAUCGUGAUCAAGAAAGGGCCUCGGCAUACUUUGAACUUGCUGCUCAAACUGCUUCUAAGGAUUGCAAUGUUUUGGCAUCAUAUGCUAAGUUCCUCUGGGAAGUAGAUGAUGAUGAAGAUGAAAGUUCUAUUCAACCUGAUCAUGGUCAGGGAGACAUACAAAAAUCCACUCACUUGCAUCCUGCUGAUGGGAUUGAUAAUGGGAAUGACGGUCCUAUAUUUGAAGCAGGAACCCCAAUAAAUAGUGCUGAUGUAGAAGAUUACUAUAAAAGAAUGAUGGACAAAGAUCCUUCUGAUCCCCUCUUUCUGAAGAAGUAUGCUCAGUUCCUUUAUCAGUCAAAGGGUGACCUCCAAGGUGCGGAAGAAUACUACUCACGUGCUGUACUAGCUUACCCACAAGAUGGGGAGCUGUUGUCGCAGUAUGCAACGUUAAUUUGGGAACUUCACCAUGACCAGAAAAAAACUUUAUAUUACAUUGAACAAGCUGUUGAAGUUGCCGCUGGAGAUUGCAAUAUUCUCGCAGCAUAUGCUCGUUUUUUGUUGACCAUUGAUGAUGAUGAUGAUGAUGAUGAUGAUAAAUAUUAGCGCACUUGUUUUUCAUAGCGAGUUUCAGGUUGUACAGUUUUAAACAGCAUAAGGAAUCAAAUCGUGAUGCUUAAUAGGCGACAUUUCUGUUUUUGUUCUGCUUCUCUUCUCCUUGUUGGAAGGGUUGUAAGUUUUUCAUCCGUGAGAACAAACAAGGUGGUGAAAUUAUUAUACUAGAUGCAGUGACUAUAUCCUGAAUCCUGAUUAGUAAAGCCAUGUAUAUUAGCCUAUAUCUUCACCAGUAGUUUGUAAUUAUAGCUGCUCAUAUAUCACGCCAAUAAUCCUGACAAAGAUAUGUCGUAGGCUUAUGACUAUGUUUUUUCUUUCAUCCUUCCAUAAAUUCCAAAUUCUGGUUUUUUGUACACUUGUAUUCUGGCAAACGAGAGACAUUGAAAUCCUAAAUAAGCAAUUAAAUUUCUAAGAA